AACUCGCGAUUUAGAUUGGUUAGGAGGAUGUAGUGUAAUCAGGGCACAAGCUCUUCCCCUUGGACUCUGUAUUUUCGAGGCUUCCUCCUUUCCUGGCUGAACGUGCUGAAGUCAGAACGAGUACCUUGUGAAGGACUUCAGCCCCCACAGUUCCCUGUGUGCGCAUGCCCUCUUUUCUUACAGUUGUCAAAGUGCUUUUGCCAGAGCGGUCACAUAAUCAACCUGAAAGAAGAAAAAAAAAUAUUGUACACUUUAAAAUCUUAUCGAUCCUUAAAAACUGGACACUCAAAGCUGCGCAAACCAUGCAGGAUGAUUUACUGAUGGACAAAAGCAAAACCCAGCCCCAGCCCCAGCAGCAGCGGCAGCCGCAGCAGCCCCAGCCCGAGCCCAGCGCAGCCGAAGCCCCGUCCACGCCCCUCUCCUCGGAGACCCCCAAGCAGGAGGAAAGCAGCGCAGUGCCGGCCCUCAGCCCCGCCGCGGCCCCGCCGGCCCCCAACGGCCCGGACAAGAUGCAGAUGGAGUCGCCGCUCCUGCCGGGCUUGAGUUUCCACCAGCCCCCGCAGCAGCCGCCGCCGCCGCAGGAGCCCGCGGCGCCGGGCGCGUCGCUGUCGCCGUCCUUCGGCAGCACCUGGUCCACCGGCACCACGAACGCGGUGGAGGACAGCUUCUUCCAGGGGAUCGCGCCAGUCAACGGGACCAUGCUCUUCCAGAACUUCCCGCACCACGUCAACCCGGUCUUCGGGGGCACCUUCUCCCCGCAGAUCGUGGGCGUGGGCGUCGGGGUGCCUUCGCCGCUCAACCCCAUCUCGCCGCUCAAAAAGCCCUUCUCCAGCAAUGUGAUCGCGCCGCCCAAGUUCCCCCGCGCGGCCCCGCUCACCUCCAAGUCCUGGAUGGAGGAUAACGCUUUCCGGACCGAUAAUGGUAACAAUCUGUUGCCAUUUCAGGACCGGAGUAGGCCCUAUGACACUUUUAACUUGCACUCGUUGGAGAACUCCUUAAUGGAUAUGAUAAGGACUGAUCAUGAACCUCUGAAAGGACGCAUGGGAAUAAAUUUCCAUCAUCCAGGAACAGAUAAUAUUAUGGCACUUAACAGUCGAUCUUCUCUCUUUCCAUUUGAAGAUGCCUUCCUGGACGACAGCCACGGUGAUCAGGCCUUGUCAUCUGGCCUAAGUUCUCCCACUCGUUGUCAAAAUGGGGAACGAGUGGAACGCUAUUCUAGAAAGGUGUUUGUUGGAGGCCUUCCUCCAGAUAUCGAUGAAGAUGAGAUCACUGCCAGCUUCCGCAGGUUUGGACCUCUCGUGGUAGACUGGCCUCACAAAGCUGAAAGCAAGUCAUAUUUUCCUCCUAAAGGUUAUGCCUUUCUGCUGUUCCAGGAGGAGAGCUCAGUGCAAGCUUUGAUAGAUGCCUGCCUGGAGGAAGACGGGAAACUGUACCUGUGUGUGUCAAGCCCCACCAUCAAGGAUAAGCCGGUGCAAAUUCGACCAUGGAACCUAAGUGACAGUGACUUUGUAAUGGAUGGUUCUCAGCCUUUGGACCCCAGAAAAACUAUCUUUGUUGGGGGAGUUCCACGACCCCUUCGAGCUGUCGAACUGGCAAUGAUCAUGGACCGUUUGUACGGGGGUGUCUGCUAUGCUGGCAUUGAUACGGACCCAGAGCUGAAGUACCCCAAAGGUGCUGGCCGCGUAGCGUUCUCCAAUCAGCAGAGUUACAUUGCGGCCAUCAGCGCUCGCUUUGUGCAACUCCAACACAAUGACAUUGACAAGCGGGUCGAAGUAAAGCCGUAUGUGCUGGACGACCAGAUGUGCGACGAGUGCCAGGGCACGCGCUGUGGCGGGAAGUUCGCCCCGUUCUUCUGUGCCAAUGUCACCUGCCUGCAGUAUUACUGCGAGUACUGCUGGGCCAGCAUCCACUCCCGCGCCGGCCGCGAGUUCCACAAGCCGCUGGUCAAGGAGGGAGGCGACCGCCCUCGCCACGUCCCGUUCCGCUGGAGCUGAGCCGGGGCGACCGGCCGCAAGUCCUGGCGUCGAUGACGAGGAGGGAAAGAGAGGGCACUGCCUCAGGGCUCACAGUGUUCUGGAAAUCUGUGCAUUCGUUCUCGGUUUUGAAAGAAGAAUUGGGUCUUUUUGUUCUUACUCUUAUUUACAGUCAUAUUACUGAACUCAGUGUCCAGUAUAAUGCCGAAUUGCAGAGUGUAUAACGGUACUGAUUUGCACUUUGAUUCACACCUUUGUCUGCUUGGUACCUUACGUUUUGAUACCUGAUGGGUCACUCGCGACAGUGUGUAGACUGCCCUUCUCAUCCGCGCCCUCAGGUUCAUGUCUGUGCUUCUUUCGUUUGUCGGCGUGUUGUUGUUCUGAUUGUUUUCCAACUGGAGCAUGCACUUAUUUUCAGAAACCUCGAGAGUUGCCCCUAGGACAAGACUUACCAAAGGCAAUACUCGCGAGUAGGUGGCAGAUGUAGUGAACCUUCGCAGCAGUUCAGCUGUCCUUAGCCGGGCCGUUUAGAGCCAGGACAACCCUUCAUGCAAACAAGCCUUUAGUUGCGCUCCACUCUGACCUGUAAGGAUACCUCAUAAGCGGGAUCUUUCUUUUCCUUCAUGUUUGACUUUUGUUUUGCUGAGGAUUUUGGUUAGAUCUUUUAGUGUUAUGUCGAUUUAUGCUGCAAUAGCUUUUGCUGCUAUUAAAAUGGUAUGAGUAAUACCAUGAUACUCUAUUCAGGCUAAGGUAUCAAAUAAACAAAACAGAAACCCAACAACACACUCUGGCGAUUUAGGGAGAGAGUCAGCUGCCGACGGGAGACCCAAGCGUACUUCAGAAAGCUUCAACGGAAGGUCACUAUUUCCGACUGCAUGUCUACUUAAUCAGGUUGCUGCAUGCAAUAAAUUUUAUAUCCAAUGUCUAGUAUAAAACCUUCCCACAAUGCACAAAUUAAGAAUCUAUAUAAGCUAUAAAAUACUCCUUUUUUUAAAGACGUUGUUUUCAUUCAGAGAUUUGGUAAUUGACCAGAGGAAGGCAUGCCUCGGGAAGCAGAAGGCUCGGGCUCAGAAGAGCCCCGCAGGAAUGCCCUAUAUUACAACCAUAGACAACGUAGGCGUAGGAUAUCUUACAGCAAAUUCGUGGACGGUAGACAAAGUACUUUGCGGUGCUCUGUUAUCUAUUGUGCAAUUUAUUUUCUAUAGUAAAGUGAUGAUGUCUAACUGUGAUCAAACUUACCUGUUUCAAGCCUCUGUGUCAGACAUUAACGAACUUGACAGUUCAUAACUGGUAUCUUAUUAACUAACACAUGAGCUCUUAGUUACAAUCUCCUGUGCUUGCACCAUUUUACCUAGCUUCAGACCUGUCCAGAAAACCAAAGAGCUCAUCUUAGCUUACAAACACUAAGAAUAUCUACAGAAUCGAGAGAGAAGUUGUCAGAUUGACAGACUAGGCACAUUUGUAAGAUGUUGCAUAACGGUGAUGCUAAACAAAUGUCUGGACACAGUCAGAUGGUCUGGGCAGAACCGGUUGUCUGGGUGAGAAAUUAACUACUUAAUUCCCGGAAUUUCUCCUGUAAAGCUUGAAUAGAAAUAAGACCUGCUGGUCCUACCGUGGACAUUUUCUUAGCAUUCACUCAUGGGCUGCAGACACAAGGAUUGCGAGACUAUUGUCAAUCUUUUUUUAAUCUUCUUCCUAUGUUUUGGAAUUCUGGGGACAAUCUGACUGGAUAUGACACUGCAGAAUAGAUGUAAGUCGCUGUGUUUUAUGUGCUGUGAUGUCCUUGUACUGUCUUAAGUUAGUAUUGCUUGGUUUUUUGUUUUGUUUUUUUCUCCUGUGUUUAGUUGCAAUUACUGCCUCUCAAGCUAUAGUUUGCUUUCAAAAAGGAAAAAACAAAAUAGUUUUUUACUGGAUUAAAAACUGCUUAUUAGAACCCUCCCCUUUUGAGGUUACCACUGGGCUUUUUGGUAAAAUUGCUUUUUUCCAGCCCAGGUGUGGUUUUGUUUGUUUUGUUUUGUUUUUUUCUAUGUUGGUGGGUUUUUUUCACCUGUACAAGAAAUUUUGUUAUGCACUACUACUUUUUGUAUUCUAGACAGUUUUCAAAAGUUGGCUGAAGAUUUUUUUUUUUUAAGGAAAAAGGCAUGCUUUCUGACUGACAUGAUCUUUUGCAAUACCUCAAUUUUGAAAUAUAGGAAAGAAAAUGAUAUUUUCUAAGUAAGUUUAUUCAGAAAAAUAUAUAUUAAUUUAAUUCUGCAAGAAAAUGAUUUAACAGAUGGGUAACUUUAUUUUUUUCAUGCUUAUUUGUGUUUUUUGAAAAUGAAGAAGUUAGAGCUUUAUAACUAUAAUAUUAAAGAUCAUAUCUAACCUACAGAAAUCUACCUAAUUAUGUGAAGAAGCAAAACUUUUUGAAGAAGCACCCCUCUUUCCUGUACUAAAAUAACACUGAGAUUUUUUUAAAAAGCUGGAAGACUGUACAGCAUAAAGCGAAAGUAAAGGCAAAAAACAUUGUCAUGAAGCAUAGGCUACAAAAAUAAACUCUAUUUGGUGCUGAAAGUUGCGAAUAGCUGGUGGAAACGACUUUCCCUUCAUUUGUAUAUUUAUAAUCAAGCGUUGAUCGUGCACGACUGACCAGGAUUGUGAAAGAGUUCUUCUGUUUGUAUUUUUUUAAAGAGAACUUUUUUAGUUUAUUAAAUUAUAACACGUUCCCUUUUGUUUUGUAAAUAAAUGUGCCCCCGAGUUGUUCAUGUUAUAUUCAAAGAGAGGGUCCUUCAAAACAAUUAUUUUUUAAAACACAGAGGUGUUCUGACCUGCAACUUGACUGGGAAGCCCCUGGGUAACACAGGUCCUGUUGUGGCCUUUCCUUGACGUGACACUUGAACUAGUCGAUUUUUUGAAGGCUAUAACCUAACCUCGACUAUUUGUUGUUAUGUGCAAUACUGUUUGUACUGUUUGUAUAAAAAAUAGAAAAAAAAGAAAAGAAAAAAGGCAUAAAUCUUUAUUGCAGAUUUAUUUUCAUUGCAAACUUUAGACAUUGUGAUUCACUGAGAUCAUUUUUCUACUGUCAAAUAUGUACCUUUUCUUCAUGCUGGUAUUUUUUCAAUAGUAAUGUAGCCUUUGUACUGAGACAAAUUUUCAUUGUUAUUUUUAGAAAGAUUUUUUGCUAAGAAAAAAAUUAAACAUAUUUACAUAUUUUUCAUUUUAUUUCGUAUUUUCUUUAAGGAGUGCUUUCUCAAUCAUUAAUAGAGUUGUUUCUGGGAGGGACUUUCAUAUCUGGUCAAUGUCAUAAUAUUAUUUUGUAUUUUUAUUGGAAUAAAUUAAUUUUAUGAUGCUAAUUCUUUAAAAGUUUAUUUUUUUCAUUUUCAGUUAUUUUUGAAGCUAAAACCUUUGUAAUAUUGUUACUAAAGUGUCUAGUUUUUUGAAAUGCAAAGCUUUAUGUAUUAACUUGCUGAUGUGGUUUACAAUAGUGUGACAAUGAUGCAAAUGGCUGGUUAUGUAACGUGGUUGGAAAUGUGACGGCGAAUCGGAGAACUGGGUAAUAAAACAACGGAAUGAGCGGAA